AUGGCAACCAAGAAAGGAGACGUAGUGGCUGCUUCCCCCAAAGAGGCCAAGAAGCCCAAGAAGCCCUUGAACCGACCUCCCUCUCGAUCCAUCGUUCGUUGGUGUGAUGAACUGGACCGAAAGUUACUUCUUGCAAUCCAGUCCGCUUGCAACAAGUGUGGCGUCCGUAUUCCUUGGGUCGAGGUUGCACUCAUGAUGGGAAGCAGCAUCACCGACGGUGCGAUUAUCCAGCACCUGGCGAAGUUGCGUGUCCGUAUGGUUGAACUAGGACAGGAUGUUCCGCCACCACUUCGUCGUUCGGCUGGCUCGGCCCCAAAGUCUGCUGAGGCUGAAGAGGGAGACACCCCAGCGCCUAAACCGGCUGCGACUCGAAAAGCCAACUCUCGCAAAAAGGGACCAAAGCGGUCCAUUUAUGAUACCGAUGACGAAACCUAUGAGGAGGGCAAGAAGCCCAACAACAAAAAGUCCAAGGCAAAAAAGGGUAAGGGGUCCUCAAAGGAGAAUUAUGACGAGGCCGAGUCUGUUCCUAUUAAAAUUGAGGAAGAAGCCAAGGAUAGCGGCACCAUCUCAGAGCUCCAGCAGAUCGAAUCCCACAACGACAACGCUGAUCAAGAUUUCGUUGGUGGCGGCGAGGAAUUUGUCAACUUCGAGUACCAGCAUUCCCAUGGUCUUCUCACUCCUCCUAAUGACGAACCAUCUAGCCAUGGCGAAACUGUCAUCACCCAAGAGGUGAUCCAUGACGAGAAUGUGACCAGUCCAGGUCAAGCCUCAAAUGGUGGCAUCGAAACUUCGCAGUUCCUCCUUGGCAACGAAGCUCAUCCAACUCAGGGAAAUGAGGCUCAAACCAUGUCAUUUGCAAACGUUACUACAGUUGGUAACCAGCAGGGGUUCCCCAUGGGUAUCAGUCAGGCCGUUCCACAUGCGUACGUUCCUCGCCAUGAACUGCAGGCCCUUCCAACUCACCGCAACUGGCCAGUAACUCAUGUCGGAGGUAACCAUUUCGGAGGUCCUCAGCAGUUUACCAUGAAUGAGUUUGACUUUAUUCAUGGUGCUACGAAUCCGAACGGGGCUUUCACUCACGGUUUCCACUUUCCUUCCACCCAAGGUCAUUUGCAGCACGGCGCUCGCCUUCCUUUUGCCCCGAGGCACUCUGCCCCGUUGAACCCCGCCCCAAUCAGCUUCACCAGCUCCAACACCUCUUUGGCUAGUUCCAUGACGGAAGAUGAUGGUUUGAUGCAAGCCGGGGUAUUGGACCACGACAUUGACUGGGCGUUGCGUUCUGCCCGAGAGGCAGAAAUUGAAAACGACUUCAACGAGUUCAUCCAGCAGCUUUGA